AUGAACAACAAGCUUUCGACAUCUACAACGUGCGCUCGACCUGGCUACAUCACGUAUCUCGACGAACGCCAGCGACGUGGCAGACGUACGGUUCAUGCUGCAGCGCUGCAUCGCUCAUCGGCACUGCACGAACGUCGCAGUCGCUCCGGCGUAGCAUCCUUCGACUCGGCACCAAUUUGCAACUCGUUGCGACCAUUUCGGAUCAGCCCGUCCAUAUUGGACAGGUCACCCGCCCCACUGCUCCAACAGACUCAUCCGACCCAGAAGCAUGUCACGCAUUGCACCGUCCGCCCUUCUGCGCAACAUUCAAAUCGAGCAAUCAGACUGACAUCACCACUCGUUUCCACUCGCAGGGAUGACUACGACGCCGCCGCCGCUGCCGAGCUCAAGCGCAAGCGAACUUUCCGCAAGUUCACCUACCGUGGUAUCGAGCUCGACUCGCUCCUCGACAUGACCAACGAGGACUUCAUGCAGGUCGUCCACGCCCGUGCCCGCAGAAAGUUCCAGCGCGGCCUCAAGCGCAAGCCCAUGGGCCUCAUCAAGCGUCUGCGCAAGGCCAAGGCCGAGUGCCAGCCCAACGAGAAGCCCGCCAUGGUCAAGACGCACCUGCGUGACAUGAUCAUUGUGCCCGAGAUGAUCGGCUCCGUCGUCGGCAUCUACACUGGUCGCUUCUUCGUCAACACCGAGAUCAAGCCCGAGAUGGUCGGCCACUACCUCGGCGAGUUCGCCAUGACCUACAUCCCCACCCGCCACGGCGCCAAGGGUAAGGGUGCCACCGUCGACCGCUUCCUCCCCAUCCGAUAA